AAAUCAAUCAGUCAAAACAAAAACAAAUAUUCAGUGUUACUUUUUGCUAUGCAAGCGAUUAUUUAAUUAAUAUAAGGCUGAAUAUUGUAAAACUACACCAUGCCACGUUUUGUAAACUAUAAAAGUUAAACGUUAACACAAAAUCAAUGUAAUCUGUUGAUCAUGAGUUCGGCCAAGAGGAUUGAAAAUGCCAAAAAAACUACAAAAAGUAAAAACUUGGCAUAUAAAUGUGAUUUGUGCCCAAAGAGAUUCGGCAACAAGAGGGCUUUAGUUAGCCAUGGCUACUCUCACACCGAUGAGACUCCAUUCCAGUGCACGCUGUGUGAUUAUGCGGGCAAGACGAAGAAGUAUCUCAGCCGCCAUUUCAAGGCGAGGCACAUAGGAGACAGAAACGUUGAGUGUGAAGUGUGUGGAAAGUACUUCCAAUUCGAGUCCAAGCUCAAACACCAUAUGCUGGUACACACUGGUGAGAAACCAUACAAGUGUGAUAUAUGCGAGAAAGCAUUCAAUUCGUCCUACUCUCUCAACACACACAAACUAAUACAUGCAAACUCGAAACCGUACAAAUGCACGUUCUGCCCGUACGCCUGUCGUGACUCCUCGACGCUGCGCAAGCACAAGGAGCGACAUACGGGGAAAACCAAGUACUACACAUGCAGCGUGUGUAAUGUGAGCUUUUCAACGAGGGUCACAUUAAAAGUCCACAUAGCAGAGAAGCAUUUCAACAUUGACAUGAAGAGGAUGGAAUGUGACGCGUGCGGCCAACGAUUUAGACGGAGACAGACGCUGGUUAACCAUAUUCACACCGUCCACGACAAGUCCAGAUCGGCGAAAUGUGACAUAUGCGGCAAAACGCUCAGCAAUAGAAGCAACUUGCGCUCGCAUAUGCGCACCCACGUCGAGCAUAGACCCUACAAGUGUACGUUCAGGGGAUGCAGGAUGAGGUUUAAAGACGCUAGCGGUCGCGUUAAACACGAAAUAAAGCACUAUCCUGAACGCCAGUUCCCUUGCAAGAUAUGCGACAAGCUGUUCACCAGGGAAUACCGCAUGCAUAAACAUCUGAACACGCACAUGGCUAAGGUCAAGAAAGUGGAAUGCGAUUAUUGCGGGGUCCGUUUCUACAACAAAAACUAUCUGACCACCCAUAUACAACGUAAGCACGGCAGAAAGGGGCAGAAGUACGUGUGCGAUCUGUGCGGGUUGGUGACUACGAACAAGCCUAGCAUAGUCAUGCACAUUAAAUAUGGACACGACGCCGAUAAGCUUAAGGAGAUAAUAUGCAACAUUUGUCAGAAGACAUUCAAGAGCGAUUUCAACUUGAAACUACAUUACUGGAGAGCACACAAAAUGGAGUAUAUGAUUCCACGCAAAUUCAAAAGAAAAUGUAAGAAAAAGAAUGUAUCUACAGUACAGGUGAAAGAGGAACCAAUAGACAAUGAUUACGAGGGUGGAAACUAUUUCACAGUCACCCCCAAAAUGGAGCCCUUAGACGAGAAACCAUUAGAUGAAUUGUCGGAUAUGGCUGAACCGGAUAUCCGGAUUGAACUUGAAGAUAUUCCCAACGAUGUGUUUGAAGAGUUCAUUACUCCCGUACAGAAGGGACCGGAAGAGAGGAGGCCGAAAUACACUGAACAUGUUUCCGUCGACAAAAGAUUAGAGAAGCGAGUUAGGAAAAGAAUAGACGUCCUAAUGGAGGAAAGAAAGAAAAAGGCAGAAGAGAGAGUUAAGGAGAUACGCAAGAAGUAUGAAGAAAGAGCGAGAAAGAUGGCCAGCAGAACACUGGAGCGAACGAGAAGGAAAUACAACAGGCUGAUACGGAAUGCCAUCAAAAACUCGGCGAAGAAAGAUAAAAUUAAAAUAAAACACGGCGCUAUUUCUGCACAAGAGCAACAUUCGGAUUCUCUGUUAGAAGCAAACUUCUUCAUAAAACAGACCAUAGACAACACAGAUCGUAUUGUAGAUGAACCAGUCAGAGACAAUAUAGAAGAGCGAAGUAGAAAUAUAAACGAAAUUGAAAUAAUAGAAAAUAACUAUUUAUUAGAUGAAGAAGGAGAUAGCAACGAAAACGGAAUAAGAAUAAGUAACGAAGUACGGAUAGAUGACAUUAAGGAAAAUGAAAUAGAUUAUAACGAAAAUGAAAAAGACAUUGAAGAAAAUGGUGUAGACAAUAUUGAAGAGCAGUCUAGAAAAAUAGAUGAAAAUGAAACUAGUAUAGAAGACGGAAUAGAAAAAGAUAUGAGGAGGAAAUCGGGAAGAAAAAGGAAAAUGAAUUUCAAGUAUAUCGAUCAAAAUGAAUCAAGUACAGGAGACAAACGAGAAAAAGAAGAUAAGGGAAGUAAAUCGGACCAAAAUAGGAAAGUUAAAUUCAAUACACACCAGUGUUAUGUGUGUUUUAAGUUGUACCAGACCAAAGAGGAGCUUAUAGACCACUGCAAAGAACACUUCGACAAUCAGUGCGAGAUGCAAACCCUGAAGAAAUGUCCACUCUGCGACUACUCCACCAACCUCAGCAUCACCAGACACCUAAAACUCAAACACAAACUGAAAAUCAAAGUACCAUACGGAUCCUUCAAAGACAAUAAACAGAACAACGGCACGAAAUACUAUUAUGAAGUCAACGAUGAAAGAAUAAAGAAAUUAGAAAUAAUACCAAGUAUAAAGAGACUUAAUAAAAGAGAGAGUUGCAAGAUCGAUAAGAGAAAUAAAGAGAAGAUGAAUAAAGAAGUAUUGAAGAGUAAGCUUGUAAAGAAAGGUAAGGAAUGGAUAGUUAUGAAAGAGAAAAUAAAGAUAAAUUUCAAAGAUUGCUUGCUACCUAAGUUUGAUAAACUUGAUGUUAUAAAUGUUAAAGGUAGCUAUGCGGAUAGAUUGAAACAGCUUUAUAAACUAGCAAAGAAAAAUGGUAAUAAAAUGGUUUUCCCAUGCGAUUCUUGUGAUAAAGUUUGUCAAACGCUGGCCGCUUUGAAAUUACACAGUAGGAGGCAUGAGGAAAAUCCGAAACCGUUUAAGAAAAAGGUUUGGAAACAUAAACUUGAAGGGAAGCGUGUUGAUAAGAAAAAAGCAAAGGUAGUCACAAAUUUAGAUAAUCGUACAGCGCAACCAAAACCGGUGGUGAACAAACAUAAAUGUGAUAAAGAACUUAUCGAGUUUUACGAACAAAAUAUAAAAGGCGGCGAUGUGGAAUUUUGGCAGUUUUUAAAAAUAUACAACAAAAUGGAACGAGAAAAUAUCAAUGAUUUUGAGGAUUUGCAAAAAAGCAGCCAUUUUGGGUUGCACUGUAAUGAGCCGGUGGAAAAUAUUAAUGAUUGCAAUGAACCCAAAGAUUCCUUGAAUAGUGAUUUAACAAAAGAUAAUAGUAAUAAUAUUAGGAACAGAACUGUCAAAAAGACAGUCAAGAAUACUGUAAGAAACGCAUACACAAGAGUAGUAAGACUAAGCAAACGUGAAGCGAUGAAAAGGGAUGAAGCUAGAAGAAGAUUGAGAGAGAAAAUAUAUUGUAAUAGCUAAAAUAGCAGAUAAAUUAUUAGGAGUUAAUAUAUCUAAUAACAGAUUCCAGGUUAGUAGAGUCAGACCAAGAAAAGUCUGCAGCGGAUUUGAUAGCCCACGCAGUGCAUUAUUUUAAACGUCAAACUUCUAUGAAAUUAUGAGGUAUAAAUAACACUUGCACUGUGUGGGCUGUCAAAUCCGCUGCAGACUUCUAUUGGUCCGACUCUAGUCCAAAUGUUGGACAAAUUGUCCACAACUGUUUACCUAAUAUCGAAGAUAAUUUGAAAUAGAGGCGGAUUGUCAAAGCAAAGAGAAUAGAUAGUAUAGAGGGCUAUUGCUAUAGUAAAUUUUGUAGCCACGGUACAUUUACUGCCAUCUAUCGACACACGAUUAAAACUUAAAAUAAAAUUGAAAAUGUAUAGAUUAAUCAAAAUAAUGUAUACGGAUAAAUGAUUUUUAUUUUUUAUUGUUCCAUACUGACCCAUGUUCUUUCACUGAUGUGUUAAAAUUGUUAAAUACCAAACGGUGUCGUCAACGCCAUCUAGCCGAGUAUAGGCCAAAGGUGUGUGCGCCAUCUAUUCGAGAAUGACUUUCUUGAUUUCCGAGGCACGUUUUUUUCUUAGACUUUAUUUAUCUUAUACGGAGUUACAUAUGUCUUUGGUCAAAGUAAAUUAUGUAGCAACAGUAAUUUUACUACCAUCUUUCGACAGAAGAAAAAAACUGUUAGAACACCAUUCGACUGAUCCUUAUUCUUUCACUGAUAUAUGUCAACUUGUUAAAUAUUAAUGCCAUUUACUCGACUAUAGGCCAAAGGUAUGGUUCCAUGUUUUCGAGCGAUGGCGCCACAACCUUCAGCCUAUGCUCGAGUAGAUGGCGUUAAUAAUAUUUAAAAAGUUAACACAUAUCAGUUAAAGAAUAAGGAUCAAAGUCAAAUGGCGUUCAAACAGUGUUCAUCUUCUGUCGAAAGAUGGCAGUAAAUGUACUGUAGCUACAUAAUUUGCCAUGACAGUAACUCUCUACUUUAAAUCCUCUUUGGUACGCGCUUGGAAAUGCGGCAACUGUAAUUUUCUCUCUAUAGAUUAAUCUGUAUAGGAAAUUUUUAUUUCCUAAGCUUAAGCUUAAGCUUAGGUUUAAGCUUUUGCUUAAGAGUAUUUCUGUCCAAUUUUUUUGUACAACAUGCAUUGUGUCUCACUCUCACUAAGCAAAACUUGAGACGCAAAUACACAUUGGACAGAUGGAAUACCAUCCUUAUAUAGAAAAUAUUAAUUCUUUGAGUUGUCGAAAAUCCUUUCUAACACUUUCGCAGGUGUAUGGCUUUUCACCUGUGUGUUCUCUUUUAUGUGACUGUUAACUACUCAAUUAAGAAAAUGUUUUUUACAAAGUUCGCAGUAAUCCGAUUUUACGGGUUAUGGUUAUGACUAGUUGCCGGAUUACUGAGUGCCGGAUUGGUGAGCGUCGUAAUACCGAGCGCCUACCGUGGUUCGUAGUUUUUCUUCUGUCUGUUUG